AUGUCGCCUACUGAUCGGAAGUGCCACCUGCUGUUCGAUUCUCCAGGACCUGGUGAUCAAAUCAACGACUUCCAUGUCAAGCCUGAAAAGGAUUCUGGAUACUGCUGCCGAUGGGAAGGCUGUGCUCAAAAUGGGAGGGGCUUCAAUGCCAGGUAUAAAAUGCAUAUUCAUAUCCGCACACACACCAAUGAAAAGCCACACCAUUGUCCCACCUGUAACAAGAGCUUCUCACGUCUGGAGAACCUGAAGAUACACACUCGCUCGCACAUAGGGGAAAAGCCCUACAUCUGCCCCUAUGAAAGCUGCAGCAAGCGCUACUCCAACUCUAGUGACCGCUUCAAGCACACUCACCAGAGUGCCACUGAACAGCCCUCUGUAGGAGGGGCUCCUGUAGCCCUUCUUGGGGGCCUUGGGACCUCCUUGCCACUCUCUGCUUUUUGCCAUGCCAGAGCUCUAGGCCACCACGGGGCACCGCUCUUUUCCAUGGGUGGAGGAAGAGGAAGCAUGGGAUCGCUCAGCCUUUCAGACUCCCCACUGUUGCGCUUUGGACUUUCAGCUGCGUCUAUGUUUGGGUUGGGGGCUUUGGGAGGUCUGGGGCAGGUGGCAAGAAGGGAGCCAGAGGACAGGGAGGAAUCAGAGGAAGGAUAG